ACAGUAACUGCCACAAGCACAACAAGCAACAUGAAUCCUCUGAACUUCCUGGUGUUCUUUGCUGCGGGAUGCAUGGCUGCUCCCUCAAACCCUGUGGUGCUUCCCCUGACCAGCGGAGUGCACUACACCACCUACACCGGGGCCGUUCCUCUGGUUUCCACGCCCCUGAACACUGUCCCUGUGGCUCCUCCUGCCGUGGCUCCCAGUCCCUUCGUGGCUCCAACUGUUCCUGUGAUCAGGCUUUCCGAGCCUGAAAUGAAGCAAGACAUGGUUGCCGCUCCCCUCCCCAUUGUGUACAACCCAGCUCUCGGCGCCCCUUCGGUGUACGCUCAGGUUGCUAUUCCCGACGCCGCGGGAUCUGCAACCUACGGCCUGUUCAACCUUCAGCCUGUGCCUUCGUCAGGAAAUGUUCCUGACGACUGCACUGUGGUCAAAAUCUUGGGCAAGGAAUGGUUCAUGGUUUGCAAGAAUAAUUAAUUUGUCAUUCUUAGCUCCUUCGGUUUGUUAGGUACCAUUUUUAUUGAUACUAGAAAGAUAUAAUAAGCAUGUUGAAAUGAAUUAGUCUGAAUAGUAUUUAUCAGAAUCGGAGGAUGGUCUUACUCUGGCCGCUGCGUUGGCUGUUAUUUAUUGUUAUUUAUUUGUUUAUGAUAUAUAAAAAAUACAUGUUUAAAGCAA